AUGUGUGAGUAUGCAUGGGCACUUAUGAGAGCACACAUAUUUGGACUUCUACUCCUCUCCACAUGCAACUUCAACCCCGACCACAUCAACGAUCUCCCCACCGAACUUCUCAACCAGAUCUUCCGCGAUGCCGCGGCAGACUUACCAUCCCUCUCCAAAGUCAGUAGACGCUUCCAUGGCAUGGCUCAGCCGCAACUCUACAAGAACGUUAGUUUUGGCAAGGAGCCGCAACGAUUUAGCUCAUGCUCGCUGCUGCUGUUUAUGAGAACGAUCAGUACUAGUCCAGACCUAGCGAAGAAAGUUAAGUCGCUGGAAAUGAGCUGCAUGCAGAGGUGCUACCAGGGAGCAGACUGUGGUGACUUCCAGUGGAUGAAGAAGGAGGAACGAGUUGCUAUUGAGAACAUCUGUAUGGGUUAUGUGCAGAAUUUGCAGCUUUGGUCUCGAUCGGAUUGGACUCAGGAGUUAAAAAAUGGCACAAUAGGUGCCUUUACUCAACUCCUCCUUCUGUGGCUCCCAAAUCUCGUAUCUAUUUCCUUGCAAGGCCAAACCUGGGACGCAUUCCACCUCCUCACACUCAUAAGCCGGACCGUCCCGAAGAAGACAAUGUUUCCGCAUCUUAAGCAUCUAGAUCUCCGCUGCAAGUCUGAUCAUACUGGUAGAAAAAACACAAAGUUCGCUUUUUCUGGAUUCCGAUUCCUCCUGCGAAUCACUUCUUUGCGCAGCCUCACGGUUGACAUGGACGAGCCGAGUACUCCGUGGCCAGCUGCUCUUCAUGCUCCUAGGGAACCUAGCACUCUGACAUCUCUUGAGAUAACCCUUCGCCAUGAAGAGAAUAUCGGCACAAUCCUCCACCUUGUCCCUUACCUUCAAAAGCUCACAUGGAAAGUUUCGCUGGAGGAUAAACGAAACUUGUCCUGUGAUAUACUCCAGACAGCACUGUUAGGUUGCAGUACGUUGCAGAAAAUUCGAAUCAUCCCCAAGCCCGCAUUCGGUGUUUUCGAGCAAUCCCCAACCGUAACAUUACAAGGGACUAUCAGUUUCAUCGACUUCCAUCACCUCCGUAAUUUAGAGAUUCCAUUCAGCAUGCUACUUGGGUGGGGAGAGCCGAAUAGGGUGGUUCUAACCGAUGUCUUGCCCAAAUGCCUGCACCACUUGAUUGUCCUGGGAAAUCGGAUGGUGAAGCAUCAAGGGGAAAUGUGGGGUACGAUUGGCCUUCUCAAUGUAUUGCGACCAUACUUAGUGGAUGUGAUUCAUGGGCAGGGCCCUGUUCCGAGGGAGUUGAAGACGUUGACGUCGAGGAUUGGAUCGUAUCAAUCGAGGGAGCACGUGUCUGAGCAAGUUGAGAGCGAAUACCGACCUGUGACGAGACUGAAUGAUGAGCUAAGGAGUGUUUGUAAAAUCGUGGGAGUUGAGUUCAACCCGUAG